AGAAGAGUCUAGAGAUCAUUUCAAUUUCUAGAGAUUAAUCGAUUCCCUCCAUAAAUACAAUUAUCGCUGCCUUUCUCUGAAACUUCAUCCCAAGUCUGCUUUUAAUGGCGAAUGAUUUGUUUGAACAUCCUCUCCGGCGUUUCCUUUGGAGCCCCGCCGUGUUCCGGCAGCCGUCCGGCGCCGUUGCGCUUUUGGAUUGGCUCGAAACAUCCAAUGCUCACAUCUUUAAGGUUGACGUUCCAGGAUUUAGUAAAGAUGAGUUAAAGGUAGAGGUUGAAGAGGGAAAUGUUAUGCACAUAACAGGAAUCAGUGGUAAAGAGGAAGGUGUUGGGAAAGAGGCCAUUUGGCAUUUGGGUGAAAGACAAACAGGGAAGAGAAGUUUUUCCAGGGAGAUUGAACUGCCUGAAAAUGUUAAGUUGGAUCAGAUUAAAGCUCAGCUUGAAAAUGGACUUCUCACCAUUGUUGUCCCCAAAGAUACAGCCCCAAGGCCAUCAAAGGUCAGGAAAAUCAACAUUAUUAGCAAGCUUUAAGAUGUGAAACUAAUAAGAGUUCAUCAAUGCUUAAGCUUUUGGAGUUAGAAUACAAUGCCAUCAAUGAUGUGUUGUUCCUGUGUGUAACAUAAAUAAUGGGCUGUUUUUUUUUAGUUGUUUUCAACUGUGUUUUAGAUACACUUUUCAUAACAUAUAGGUAAAUGGUAUAGAUUGCUCCUGAAUUUUGUUGGUCUUA